AUGCCAGGAACAUUUCGACAGAAAGCUUGCAUCGCUUGUGCAGCUUCCAAGCGCCGAUGUGAUAAACAGCUUCCGGAGUGUCGACGUUGCUCAGACCGAGAUGAGGAUUGUGUCUAUCCACAGCGCAAAAGACGCGUGAGACCUUCUAGCGCACCCGACAAUGGACGGGAGAAUUUGCUGUCUCCGGAUAACAAUGAUGAAAGACGACUUGCACGAGAUAACAGUGUGCAGGCUUUGUCGGGCGUCGGCUUGGACUAUGGCUUGUGGGAACCGGUUGCUUCAAACAACACAAAUGUGUCUGUACCUGAGAGUGUAACUGAAUAUCCUCAAAUCUCACCACCAGAUUCCACUGUUCUACCAGUCGGUGCCAAUCUCAGACCCAGCUGCACGCCGCUCAACGUUGUACUUCCUUGGUUCCUCCAAGAAGAGACGUGGGCCAUGCAGCGUGUUAGCCACGAACAAGACCGCGUGGCCGAUAUUGACUUGCAAUCUUUCAUAGAUGUCGUGGAAGGAAUGCUAAAGUCCUGGGUAGAAAAUGGGUAUAAUGGCUUCAUUCACCGGCGACUAUAUCAAAGUGUAAUGCCGACCUGUGUUCAAGACGCCUUCACGACAUACACUGCUUAUAUCAAAUGCACUCCAGCAGUGAAGGAGACCAUCCUGCAGAUUACCGACGAACGCUUAUCCACAAUUGUUCACCAGUACCCGCCGAAUACAGGCGACACGCAGGGCAUACUGAACCAUCUGGCUCGAGUCCAGGCCCUAUUUAUCUACGAAUUCAUUGGCUUGUUUGGUGGCUCCCCACGCUUGCGGAUUUCGGCAGAGCAACAACUUCCAACCCUACGGAGCUGGACAGCCCAGAUGUGGGAAACAGUAAGACGAUACAAAGGCGACGAUGCCACUAUGUACCACCAAGGACUUCAGUGGACGGAGAACGACUUCGACAUCGAGUACAAGGCGUCCUCAGAACUAUGGAAGGUCUGGCUCUUGACUGAGAGUGUGCGCCGCACUCAGAUUAUCAUUAACGCCGUCUCCAAUUCAUACGAAACCAUGACCAGAGGCUGGGCUGAGUGUACUGGUGCCGUAAUGAUUACUGCACGCCGCGGCCUGUGGGAGGCCGAGUCGGCCGUACAAUGGUCCAAACUCUCUAGUAAAAAAUCACCACUGCUUGUCCCAUCCGUACAACCUGGCAUUUUGAUUUCUCAAUAUGCAGCGGAAGAGUUUGAUGAUUUCGUGAAAAUAUUCUGGACCUUAAUACUUGGCCCAGAUAAAGUUCAAUGUUGGGUGGACAAAAGUAACCACUCAAGCAGCAAAUUGCAGGCUGCCUAG